UGCAACAAUGCUUCGAGUGCGAGGGGCGCCCAGGACCCCACCACCACACCCUCGCCCUGCCAGCCUGGCGGGGCGCGUCACGCCAGCCAGCAGCUACACACGCCGCUGCGGGGUUCCCCCUUGGCGCUGAGGUCCUCUCCUGCAGCGCCGCUGUCCUCGGACUUGGCGGGCCAUUUGGUCUCGGGGGAGGGGCUCGCGGGCCCAGCGGAGCAGUCCCCGCAGGAGGGCGGGAGCUAGCCCGGCAGCUCACGGAUUGCGGAGGCGGAGCAGCACUCCGGGCAGCCCGAGGCUUCCACCUCGCCAGCCCCGCCGCUCCGGCGACCGCUGCCUCAGAAAACUAACAAGAACCAGAUGUGGCCGCGGCUGUCGAACUUUCCCCGAGCCCGUGAUUGGCCCCCGGCCGAGCGCCGCAGCCAGUCAGCGCGUUGGGAAGGCCCGGAGUCCCCGCCCGGCCGCGCACCCGCGGGGAUCCAGGUUGGAGGCUGGCGCGGCGCAGCUAGUGGGCUGGCUGGCCGGGCCGGGACGCGCUCUGCCGCGGGGCAGCCCAGGAGCCGAGCCAGCAUGCGGGGGGACCGGGCCGCCCGGCGACUGGCGUUGCCAUCGCUGCCGCCGCCGCCACUGCUGCUGCUGCUGCUGCUGUCCCGGGCCGGGGCGCUGCACCCAGAGGAGCUCUUCCCCUACGGUCAAUCGCGGGGGGACCAGCUUCUGCAGGAAGGCGACGACGAAAGCUCAACCCCAGUGAAGCUGGCGAGUCCCCUGCGCUUCUACGAAGCCCAGUUUGGCUACCUCUACGUGGGCACCAACGGUAUCAUCUCCACUCAGGACUUCCCUAGGGAAACCCAGUACGUGGACGACGAUUUCCCCACAGACUUUCCGGCCAUUGCCCCCUUCCUGGCGGACAUCGACACGAGUCGGGGCCGGGGCCAGGUCCUGUACCGUGAGGACACGUCCCUGGCAGUGCUGGGCCUGGCCGCCCGCUACGUGCGCGCAGGUUUCCCGCGCACAGCUGCGCACUUCACCCCCACUCACGCCUUCUUGGCCACCUGGGAGCAGGUGGGCGCCUACGAAGAGGCCAGCAGCCGGGUGCCGUCCUCAGGAGAGCUGAACACUUUCCAGGCAGUUUUGGCAUCUGAUGAGUCUGAUACCUACGCCCUCUUUCUGUACCCUGCCAAUGGCCUUCAGUUCUUUGGAACUCGCCCCAAAGAGUCUUACAACGUCCAGCUUGAUCUUCCCGCCCGGGUGGGCUUUUGCCGAGGGGAGGUCGAUGACCUGAAGAGAGAGGGACCCUAUUUCAGCCUGACCAGCACUGAACAGUCUGUGAAAAAUCUCUACCAACAGAGCAACCUGGGGGUUCCUGGAGUGUGGGCUUUUCAUAUCGGCAGCACCUCCCCACUGGACAAUAUCAGGCCAGCCACCCUUGGAGGAGACCUUACCAAAGCCCGCCCUUCACCUCCCCUGGAGCAGUCCUUCGGCCCUUCAGCAGCUCCAGAAAGUGACUACACUGAAGACAAUCUGGAUUACUAUGAUGAGAAUGAGGGAGAAGUGGAGUACCCCCCAAGUGAGCCAGAGGACACAUGGAAAGGCCAUAGCAGCAUUGAGGUUUCCUUCCAGCCAAAAGCUGAGUCAAGACCUUUAGGAGGUGGGAUAUCUCUACCAGAUUCUGAUCCGGCCUCCCCUUUGCCACAGCUGACAGCUAGUGAUCGGCCCCUCUCGCCUGAAACCGAAUCAGCCACCUUGGAGCCUCAAACCAAAGAGGGGAGAGCUCCAGGUGGGGUAGAUGCCCCAGAUCUAAAUGGCGCAGUCGAGUCUUCUGAACAGCAAGGGAAUAGAAGCCCAGCACCCUCAAAGAUAGAAGAAGAUUCACCGGGUCUGACCUGGGGAGCCCCGCCUCCCCACGCAGCGGGACCAUCCCUGCCUUCAGAAGAGGAUGUUCCUCCAGCCCACCCCGAAGGAAAGGCCGUUCUAAAUUACCCCGUGCUAGCUCACACUCCACCACUGGGGCUGGGGAGGCAAGUGCUGGGUGUGGAGGACAUCAUCGGUUCCAACACUGAGGUCUUCACGUAUAAUGCUGCCAACAAAGAAACCUGUGAACACCACCAUGGACAGUGCUCCCGGCACGCCUUCUGCACCGACUACGCCACCGGCUUUUGCUGCCACUGCCAGUCCAGGUUUUAUGGAAAUGGGAAGCACUGUCUCCCAGAAGGGGCACCUCAUCGGGUCAACGGGAAAGUGAGUGGCCACCUCCUCGUGGGCCACACACCCGUGCAAUUCACAGACGUGGACCUGCACGCUUACAUCGUGGGUAAUGACGGCAGAGCCUACACGGCCAUCAGCCACAUCCCUCAGCCUGCCGCCCAAGCCCUUCUCCCGCUCAUACCGAUCGGAGGCCUAUUUGGCUGGCUCUUUGCUUUACAAAAACCUGGCUGGGAGAACGGCUUCAGCUUCACAGGUGCUUCCUUUACACAUGAGAUAGAAGUUAUUUUCUACCCAGGAGAAGAGAGGGUUCGAAUCACUCAGACUGCUGAGGGACUUGACCCGGAGAACUAUCUGAGCAUUAAGACCGACAUUCAAGGCCAGUUGCCUUACAUCCCAGCGAAUUUCACUGUCCACAUAGCUCCCUACAAGGAGAUUUACCACUACUCAGACUCGGCUGUGACCUCCACAAGUUCCAGAGACUACUCGCUCACCUCUGGUGCCAUCAACCAAACACGGUCCUACCGCAUCUACCAGAACAUCACUUAUGAGGCCUGCAGACACGCCCCCAGACACCUGGCCGUCCCCGCCACCCAGCAGCUGAACGUGGACCGGGUCUUUACCUUGUACACGGAUGAAGAAAGGGUGCUUAGAUUCGCUGUGACCAAUCAGAUUGGCCCAGUUGAAGGGGACUCAGACCCCGUCCUCGUGAAUCCUUGCUACGACGGGAGACACACAUGUGACAUGAGGGCUCAGUGCCAUCCAGGGGCAGGGGUAGACUACACCUGCGAGUGUGCCUCUGGGUACCAGGGAGAUGGACGCAACUGUGUGGAUGUAAAUGAGUGUGCAACUGGCUUCCAUCGCUGUGGCCCCAACUCCGUGUGUAUCAACUUGCUGGGAAGCUAUAGGUGUGAAUGCCGGAGUGGUUAUGAGUUCGCAGAUGACGGGCACACUUGCACCUUGAUCAGUCCCCCUCCCAACCCCUGUGAGGAUGGCAGUCAUUCCUGUGCCCCCGCUGGCCAGGCUCGGUGCAUUUCCCAUGGAGGCAGCACGUUCAGCUGCGCCUGCCUUCCUGGUUACACAGGCAACGGGCACCAGUGUACUGAUGUUGAUGAAUGCUCGGAAAACAGAUGUCACCCGUCAGCUACCUGCUACAAUACCCCUGGCUCCUUCUCCUGCCGAUGCAACCCUGGCUAUCAUGGGGAUGGAUUUCAGUGCACACCUGACCCCUCCUCGGGGCUGAAACCCUGCGAACAGCAGCAGCGCCAGGCCCAGGCUCAGCACGCCUAUCCCGGCAGCCGGAUGCACAUACCCCAGUGCGAUGAGCAGGGCCACUUCCUGCCGCUGCAGUGUCACGGCAUGACCGGCUUCUGCUGGUGUGUGGACCCCGAUGGCCACGAAGUCCCCGGCACGCGGACUGCACCCGGCUCCUUGCCACCGCGCUGCAGACCACCAGAGCCCACCCAGAGGCCCCGGACCGUCUGUGAGCGCUGGAGGGAAAACCUGCUGGAGCACUACGGUGGCACGCCCAGGGAUGACCAGUAUGUGCCCCAGUGUGAUGAUCUGGGCCACUUCAUGCCCCUGCAGUGCCACGGGAAGAGUGACUUCUGCUGGUGUGUGGACAAAGAUGGCAGAGAAGUGCAGGGCACCCGCUCGCAGCCAGGCACCACCCCUGCCUGUAUCCCCACGGUUGCUCCACCCACAGUCCGGCCUGUGCCCCGGCCUGAUGUGACCCCUCCCUCUGUGGGCACCUUCCUGCUCUAUGCCCAGGGCCAGCAGAUCGGUCACUUGCCCCUCAAUGGUACCAGGCUUCAGAAGGACAUGGCCAAGACCCUGCUGUCCCUGCAUGGCUCCAUAGUUGUGGGAAUUGACUAUGACUGCCGCGAGAGGAUGGUAUACUGGACAGAUGUUGCUGGACGGACAAUCAGCCGUGCUAGUCUGGAACCAGGAGCAGAGCCUGAGACGAUCAUCAACUCAGGUCUGAUAAGCCCGGAAGGACUUGCCAUCGACCACUUCCGUAGAACAAUGUACUGGACGGACAGUGGCCUGGACAAGAUAGAGCGAGCCAGGCUGGAUGGCUCCGAGCGCCAAGUCCUCUUCCACACGGACCUGGUGAAUCCACGAGCCAUUGCUGUGGAUCCAAUCCGAGGCAACUUGUACUGGACAGACUGGAAUCGAGAAGCUCCUAAAAUUGAAACAUCUUCUUUAGAAGGAGAAAACAGAAGAAUUCUGGUGAAUAAAGACAUUGGACUACCUAACGGUUUAACCUUUGACCCCUUCUCCAAACUGCUCUGCUGGGCAGACGCAGGAACCAAAAAGCUGGAGUGUACACUUCCUGAUGGGACUGGACGGCGUGUUAUUCAGAACAACCUCAACUACCCCUUCAGUAUUGUUAGCUACACAGAUCACUUCUACCACACAGACUGGAGGAGGGAUGGUGUUAUAUCUGUAAAUAGAGACAGCGGCCAGUUUACUGAUGAGUAUCUCCCAGAGCAGCGGUCUCAUCUCUACGGGAUAACUGCAGUCUACCCCUACUGCCCAGCAGGAAGAAAGUAAACAUGGCAUCAGGACUUGGAGUUUACAAUCAGAAUCUGGACCCUAAAGAACAUUUACUGCAAACAAAGGUGAAGAAAGUGGAAAAAGGAAUUGGACUUACAAGUUGAACUCUUUCAGUACAAAAAGACUCUAUCUUGUGAAAAGUUUAUACCUCAAUCUUUACUACUGUAUUUUGAAAAACAAAAGUUACUACAGGUUUUAAAAAUAACAAUUUUAAUUAUUGCUUAUUAAGCAAUUUUUUAUAAACAUUUCUAUCAUAUUUAAAAGGUCAGAUGCAUUCAACAAAGAGCCAAUAAGAAUAUGUUAAAACCCCAAAUCUGAUUUUUGCUAAGAAUUCUUCCUGGCCAAGUAAUUAAGGUAGUAUGAUCAGUAUAAAGACACAAUCCCAAGGAUUAUAAGCCUUGAUCUAGAGAAGGCUAUGCAGAACUGGUGGGG